CAAGGACACCUGGGUACUGCUUCUUUCAUGAUUGCAUUUGCUGUUGUAGGAUGUGGUUUAGCUUAUCAGCUUUUGAUAACAAAGUUCAUGCUUUGCAGCCAGGCAGAAGUGCAUCAGGAAGUGAGAAAGGAGAAGCCACAAACUACAGCAUGCCAGAUGUAGAAUCAGCCGCAGCACAGUAGGGGCAGCUGUGAUUUGGAUGAAGACCCUGCCUGGUUCUGUUUUGAUCGAAGCUGCUUUGUGGGUUUGGUGCCUGGAUCGAGACUUCUGCAGUGGGAGCAAUCACCAAGCAGCCAGCCGGCAUCCACACUUGGCUCUUCUCCAGCAGUGAGGAAUUCUACUGACUGCUGGCAAUGAUCCUCCAUUGCCUUGUCACCUCAUAACCACUGGAAAGAAUUGCUGAACUAGGGGCAGAAGCAGACUCCACAUUACCAUCCCUUCCAGGUGACCACAGACCAGCAAUCCAAAGCAGUGCCAGCUGAGAGAGAUUUUGCCCAUCUACCUCCCAGCUGCAGAUGACAGGAAUGACCUGCCCGUGGCUUCUAAGAGGGGAACGAUUUCUCUCAGUGCUCUUCUUUGUACCUCCUUAGCCCAUCAACAGGCUCAGCCAUCUCAGCGAGACCAUCCCAUCAUCCAUGCCGGGCAUGUCAGCGUCCAACACAUCCAAUACAUCUCAGACAUGCAAGGAUUACACCUUCAACCACCACUUCCUCAUGCCUGUUUACACCCUGAUAUUCAUCACAGGUUUGAUACUCAAUGUGGUAGCCCUGUGGAUAUUCGUCCGAUACCUGCGCCUCAAGUCCGUAGUGAUGAUCUACAUGUUGAACCUGGCCAUAAGUGACCUCAGCUUCACACUUCCUCUGCCCCUGCGACUCUACUACUAUUCCAACCACCACUGGCCCUUUGGUAGCUUCCUGUGUCAGGUCUCUGGCUCAGUCUUCCAGAUCAACAUGUACGGUAGCUGCCUCUUUCUCAUGUGCAUCAACCUGGAUCGCUACGUUGCCAUUGUUCACCCACUUCGCUGGCGGCAUCUGCGGCGCCCCAAGGUGGCCAAGCUCCUCUGCCUCAUCGUCUGGGUUGUGAUCUUCAUGGGCUCCAUACCCACAGCCAUAGUCCACAAACAAAACCACUGCAAAGUAAAAAACCAGACCAUUUAUUUGUGCUUUGAAAGCUUUAGCGACAACAUAUGGCAGAAUAACCUCUUCCCUCUGGUAAUCCUGGCUGAAAUCCUGGGGUUUCUCCUGCCUCUCAGCUCUGUGACGUACUGCUCAAUUCGGAUCUUUCAGGAGCUCUGCCAGCCCAGCCAGACGAAGACCGUGCGACAGCAGAAGACUGUCCGUCUCCUCUUGGUCAAUCUGGUCAUCUUCAUCAUCUGCUUUGUGCCCUACAACACUACCUUGGCGGUUUAUGGGAUGAUAAAGGCCCGGGUGAUGAAGGUUGAGGCAGAAACCCAGGCCUCCGUGCGCCAAGCGUUAAUUAUAACAAUGAUGUUUGCCAGCAUGAAUUGCACGCUGGACCCCUUGAUCUACUACUUUAGCACCGAGGGUUUCCGUAACACCUUCAAGAAAUUGAGGAGAGGACAAGCCUGGGACUCAGAGAUGGGAACACUUAAGCAUCAGAUUGUGGAGAGUAAGUCAGCCCGAGACCAUGCUGUGUCUAAAGCAAAGCUGUUCCCUUCUGAAAACUUUAUCCGUCCCAGUGAAUCUUCACCAUCACUUCCUACUCCAGUAUUUCUGAAUGGCCGUAUUGAGGACUCGGAAAUUUAAGCCUGGGAAAGCUGUACCAUUGCCGAGUCACACAUGCAGUAACUACAGCAAGCCUGUGGGAUACAGCAAACUGUUUGAGGGAGCACAGCAGACUGUCUGUGGGUGAACAUGAUGAUGCAAAGCUGAAGAAUGAAAGGUUGUUUUGAAUAAACAGAGGUGCCUUCGUGACAUGGUCAUACCUGAUUCUUUUGGUACAGGAAGCACAGUGGGGAACAAGGAUUUGAAACAAACUUAGUGUGUCUAGGUCCAGUCAGCAUGAAUUCCCAUAGCAAGUCCAUCCUGUCUGAGUAGCUCCUGGCUGCACUGCAGCCUGAGGCAGUUCUGGGGAUCAUCAGAACACAGAUAAGUUACUCACUGAUGACAAAGUGAAUUUACUAGCAGUGGCUGAGGAAAACCUUCAACCAGAUGUUUCAGUUUGAGUCAUAGGUCCAGCACAGGACACCUAAAUGAGUAUCUUAAUUUUCCAAAAGAACUGAAGCAUUUAGCAAGCUUUGUUAAGGUCAAGGAGAAUAGCUGAGAUUUCAAUAAUCUUGCAGAAAAUAGGUUUCUAAUUGUAGAGAAAAUCACAGACCUUAGCAAAACAAUCUUCAGGAGGUAUGUCAAAUGUGCAGCUUUUGUACACACACACACGUGGCACAAUGGCUAUACAUUUGCUGAAAGCAAAAUGGCUUAGGAAACACUAGCAUACUUAAAAAAAUUACAUUCACAAUAGACGCAGAAAAAAUGAGAUUAUACCAAUAUUGUCAUCGUGUCAAAAGCUCAUGCUGACAUUAGUGCUCUGCACUCUCUUGUUGCUGACCCCUAUAUAGGAUGAUUGAUUUCAGACCUGAGUGAUUUUCACUGUUGAAAAGGAAUGAUGUCACAGAAUGAGGCUGUGGUGAAAUGUAUUCUCUUGCACUGUUUGUACAUGCUUUUUCAGACUGUACUGUAUGUGAAAGCCCUAUAAAUCUCCCUAGAGCUGAGAUCCAGGUGUACACAGGCAGUGCCAGAAGCCCCAGUUUUUCACUCCUGCUGAUGGCCAAGGGUUGCCUUUCCAAUUGCACUGCAGAACAGCCUCUCUGUGGCUUCCAGCAGGUCUCAGGCUAUUCUGGAGUGGAUCCAUUACAGUGGUUUGGUUUUGGUUUUUUAAUGUUAAAGGAAAGGUCAGGAAAAGUGACAAGAAAUGUAGUCCAAAGUGCUAGGGUUUAUAGUUUUUAGACUUCUCAAUAAGCAAUAAAUCUGGUUUCAAGUUACUACCUCA